UAAAAAGUCCCUCAAUGUCGCUUUCCUGAAAGGAGAUAUCUUCAGACAAAUUCCCAGCAAGUGGCAACAUGCGACUCUUGAUUCAAUCACACAAUCGCUGGACCAUUGAGUGAGUUCGUGCACCUUUUCAAGUACUCCCUCGCAGCAAUAAUGGUGACUGACAUAUGCAGACUCACAUCGACCAAGCAUCAUACGGUCGAAUGUUCAACACAACAUCGUGAACCCACAUUCGUUUCGCACACUUCCAAAACACAGUCAAUCACUCGACCAUCCGAUAGCAAAAUAUCUGCAACUCCAUUAGAUACGGAACCUUUUGUUUCUGAACAGAGGAUUGACGCUGGACCUUCUCCAGCUCUUUCACGUCACAAAAGCAUUCGCCAGCGUUUAGGUCGCUUCUUCCUCCACUUCACUCGAGCGCAUCCGGAACCUUUCCCGAACGCAUACGAAUAUCGUCACAGCGAAGACGCAUCAGAACUACCUGCUGGAGGAACACCAAUCGAAGGCUCAGCUACCGUUCAAGAGAUGCCUGCACCAUUUGCCAACCAAGGUACUUUCGAGCUGGAACAACCACAAUUGUACGACAUCUGCAGUUAUUCACACACAAUGAACUCUGCGUGCGAUGGAAAUUCGACCAAUUUUCACCAGAGCUACUGCAAACCGACUUGUAUGGAUGAGCUCGCCAUGUUCCGCGGUCCUUUACAAGUUGCGACUCCCAAACAUCUUCCCCGUCUCGCGGUUCCGGGAUCGAUGCAUUCUUUACCUGCUAUGAUCGCCGAUCAAUCUCCAAAUUCGGCAUCGUCUAUAUCACCAAACACACCAGUGGGUCACUUCAACAACGGGAUACAGCCAUAUUGGAAUCUGCAGCCGGCUACACCUACAAUAUCGCCAUGCGAAGUAACCAGUACGUUGCCGUGGUACGAUCGCCCCAGCUCUCGGCAUUAUCACACACAGCGCAACUUUGAAUCACCCAUGACGCCGAGUUCUGCAGGUUCCUUCAACGUCGCGACUCCUCUCUCGGCACAUCCAUCAUCAGCUCACGCACCGUUUGGUGCUUGGCCGGAGCCUGGGCCUGAGUACUUACGAUCGGCGUUUCCUCAGCGGUGCCAACCUAUGAAUUACGAGUCGAACACACAUUCAACGCCGAAUCUUCAUCAGAGCACGUGGAUGGCUGACGUGGACCCGCGUCAAUACCGUCAUCAUAAUCAACCCAUAGAGGUUCGAAACCAAGCCACAGUUUCCGACAUGAUCCUGAGCCCAGGACCUCAGUGCAACCCACCGAAUUACGGUGUCCCAUCCGCGAAGGAGAAGUCGUUAUACAGUGAAUCGCAGCUCCUUCCUGCUAUCGACAGUCACGACACAACCACACGUAUAUGCCACAGAAGCGACUAUGCGCCACCAGCAUACACUUCUAUUACUGCAUACCCCUCACAAUAUCCACCAGCCACAUGCCAGCACUGUGGUAAGAGCUAUACAGGAAAGUUUGCGAAAGGAAACUUGAAGAGGCAUGUGCAGCAGAUCCACCAAUCAUUCAUGGACAGAGCGAUCCACUUGUGCAGAAUUUGUAUGAAGACGUACAACCGUGCAGACGCUUUAAGGAAGCAUCAAUGGAAGAAGCACAGGCAAGAAGAUGCGAGACCGAACAAGAGGAGAAAACAGAAAGCUGGGUUGGAGCUCAAGGCGUAAUUCCCAUUUCUAUGUUUGCUUGUAUAUUAUGAUACCUAGCCCAAAUGGCAUAUGAACAAGUUUCGAAACAACUCAAUUUCCAACAAUGUCUAAUUCGACCUGUUCACAGAAUUGCUGCGUGAUUUCCGUUCGUACAAGCCAUCGAUUUGCGAAAUAAAUCUGUGGGGCAAGAUC